AUGCACAUGAGAGAGGCGAAGCCAUACAAAUGUACUCAUUGCAUCAAAUCUUUUGCAAAUAGCUCGUACCUGUCGCAGCACAUGAGGAUACACCUUGGUAUAAAGCCCUUUGGACCCUGCCAGUACUGCGGUAAAAAGUUCACACAGUUAUCACAUCUGCAACAACACAUCAGAACGCAUACUGGUGAGAAGCCAUACAAAUGCAAAUUUCAAGGCUGCGAAAAGGCAUUUAGUCAGCUAUCAAAUUUGCAGUCACAUUCAAGAUGCCAUCAGUCCGAUAAACCGUUCAAGUGCAACAGGUUACAACACUUGUCCGAGCGUAUCUCGACAAUGAUAAUGGCAGAGAAGGAUGAAGUGAUAGGUGAAGGAAGUAUAAGUGAAGUGCUUUUCAGCUGUUACAAAUGCUUCACGGAUGAACAAGCACUGCUGGAACACAUACCAAAGCACAAGGAAUCGAAGCACUUAAAGGUGCAUAUUUGCCCAUAUUGUGGUAAAUCUUAUACGCAACAAACUUACCUUGCAAAGCAUAUGACUAAACAUGCUGACAGGAGAAACAUAAGCAAUUUUAUGGAAGGCCUGGAAGGGUUGAAUGCAUGGAGAAAUGAAGCAGCUGCAGCAACAUCAGCGCCCACGAUGGCAGCUGCGGCACAUGGCAUUUCGGAUCUUGCUUCCGUCACACAACCACAAAUAGACUUUAGUCACUUCAACGCAGGGAUACCAGCUUCCGUGCUGUCGGCUGCUAAUCAGUCAGCCGCAAUAGCUGCGACCAGUUCGGUGACAAGUGCGGCAGCAGCAGCAUGUAGCUAUCCGAGUGCUGCCUCAACGGCUACUGCAAAUCAGAUGAUGGUCAACGACCCCUCCGCGUUUCGUCUUAAUAUGGCUGCAUUUGGCAGGACACUGAGCACAAACAGAUCCUAUUUCCCUUUCGACAAUACAGCAUUCAAAUCAGAAGCACCUAGGCCGGCAGGGUUCAAUAUGAUAACACCAUUGGAGAAAAUUCAAUGCUACACGCAGCAAACAUCCUCAACAUCCACUGUUCAGGACCAGCAGUUCCAGAAUACGAUGCUCAAUUACAAAUAG